AUGCCGGAGCUGCGCCAGCGAUGCCGCAAGCUUCCAGGAAAGAUGCUGAACCUCAUGGCCAUGAUCCAGCGCAGCCAAGACCCUUUGAACCCAUAUACUGGAGGGAAGAUGACAGAGUUCAACGUGGAGAAGCUCCGCUCUAUGAUCGAAGGUGCUUACCUCCAAACUGAGAACGAGCGGAAGCGACGGCAGUCGCUGCUGGAGCUAGCAAAUUCCACCACGAAACCCUUCUCAGCCGAGCAGAUUGCUGAAGAGCUGGGCGUUGACUUGGAGGAGCAUCCAGACCAGGAGGAGGUCCAUCAGCAGCUCAUUUUGCUGAUGCGGUGGGUCCUUGCGUAUUUGGAGCUGGAUGACUUUCAGUUCGAUGCAGCUCGCGAGUCCUUGCACCGGCUGAUCUUCCACGUCACCGUGCACCCCAAGGCGGCCAAGUAUUUCCCGGAUCACAUCAACCGCUCGAAGAGCCCCAUGAGGACGGACUUUAAGAACCCAUAUGUGGGCACCCAGGAGCUGGACAUCGUUCCCUUCCCCAAGUGGUACCUGGCCGAGUUGCUUCAUCUUCUUGCUGUCUGUGAAUGUGGGCGGGGAGACUGGCGUAGCUGUGGGUCCGCCAUCGAGUCUUACUUCGAUCUGGUGCCCAGAAGCUUUCGGGACAGGAACUGGGAGAGCGCCCUGUUCCUCCGUGCAUGGGCAGAGCUGAAGCCUUUGCAGCUCGAGCGCAAGGAGGAGUUCCACCGAAUCCGGGAGAAGCGUCUGGAGCGCCUGUUGAAGGAUACGACCCCAGUGUGGAAAGAGCUGCAAAGCUUGUACGGGAAGGAUUUCGCUGCUGCCUUCGAGACUGAGACCUGGGUGGAGGCGCGCUUCUACUCUGACCUAGGCUUCAGCCUCCCAGGCUCUUUCCAAGACAUCCAAGACCAGCUGCAAAGGCAUCAAGACAAGAUGCCCAGACUCUGUGCAGAGGAUGAUCCAUUCAGCUGCAACCUGGAGACCUUCGUGGGGAGAGCCCAGGGUGUGACGGUUCGCUUUCGGACGUCCUUGAAGGAGAAGGCCCGGGAGGCACAGAGAGGCAGAGGCCCCAGCAGCUACGGUGGCUUCGCGGGUGCGGGUGCCUUCGCCAUGCCGGAUGUGGAGAACGAGCUCUACGAGAUGCAGCAAAUUUUUUUCGCUUCGGUCACGGGUGGCUUUGGCCUCAGCGGUCUUGGCAAUGCACUCGGAGGCCCCGCAUCAGACUCAGACGGAGAAGGAGAUGAGGAAGAGGAAGAGGAGGAGGAAGAGGAGGAGGAGGAGGAGGAGGAGCAGAUGGAGUUUGAAGACUUGGGGGAGGAGGAACCUGCCCGUCGAUUCAGGACGUAA